AUGGCUUCAGAUGCGUCACCUAUAUCAGUUUUAUUCGCGCGUGGCCUUCUAGCCCGCAUCGCACUAUGGCCAGCUCUUCGCAUCGCCGUGCACCAAAACUGGGGGGGUCCACAAAGCGCACAAAAACAACGCUGGUUAGCGGGUGUCAUCAUAGAUGAAUUCGAAGCAUCACUUCCACCAGUAUCUGCUUCAUUGACGCCUGAUGCCGAAUACAUAGAAACGAUGCUGCUCCAGAUCAUGGAUGACGAGUUUGAGGUUGCGCUCGAGGAUGAGAGCGCGUUCGACGUUGCUAGAGACGUCGUGCGUUUGUGGAACGAUGCGAAGGAGGGCAAGGAUGGAUAUGUCAAGGAUUUGGAGAUGCAAGCGGAUCGGAUGAAAGGAAAAAUGCCACAAUAUGAAGAUGAGAGUGGAAGCGAUGGCGAAAAUCUCGGGAAGGAGGUUGUUCCACAGCUGCUCGACCGCGCAAAGGAAGUAUCAAACAUUGACGAGGAUGGCUUUACUACCGUAAAGAGGAAGGGAGGCAGAUAA